AUGACGAUGACGUUCUACGCUCUCUCUUCAUCUUCUUCCUUCUGCCGCAAUACUCGCAUUCCUGCUAUCAGUUUCUCUCACCUCUCUCGUUUUCCUCAUCUUAAUGGUGUUAAUAAGCUUACGCUCUCUCCACCACAGUUUUGUAACGCCGGCGUGAGCCUCCGUGGUAAGUUUCCGAGUGUGAGACUUACGAGGUGCGAGAAAGAAGAUGCACAAAACGGUGAGGUAGAGGAUGAAGCCAAGACAUUCGCGAGGCGUGAGAGCACGAUGCCUGAUAGAUUCAUAUACUUGACCAAAGAAGCUCCCGACAGUACUAUUAGAUGGCCAUGGUUCGUUGCCUUAGCGUUACUUGUGUAUGCGUGGAGAGCAGUCUUGUUUGAACUAUCCAACUGGAGAAACGCAGCUUUCGCCAUCGUUAGAUUAUUUCGAGAUCUUUCAAAGUUCGCAUUGGCCCUUGUCUUCCACUUUAUAGGAGAUCCCAUCACUUCUCUCAUCGCUCUUGUUGAGACUGCAAUCUACAGCGUCCGGGGGUUCUACUCCGGGAUUGUUGCUUACACACCUGUGAGAGAGUUAACCACGGUGAUCCUUCUUGCAUCAUCGGUGCUCGCAAUAGGAGAAACUGUUGCGCCAAACUCUAUCAACAAGCAGUCGUAUGUGAUUACUCUUGCUGGUCUUUUGGGGUAUGCAGCUGUGCAUAGCUACAUCUCAGAGCCGUUCUUCUGGACUGUGUUGGUGGGUUUGUAUGGAUAUUCACGGUUGAUAAAGAAGAGAGAUGAUGUGACUUCAGCGCUUCCUUCUGCAGCUGUUCUGGCAGGAGUUGGGGAGCCUUGGGUGAGAGUUGUGGUCAUCACAGGGUAUCUGGCUCUAGCCAUGUAUCACAAUUCAACUAAGACCUCAUCUGAAGAAGAUAGACAGACCUUAGGGGAGGUGCCACCAGUGCCAUUGUUGGUGGCAGCAUUAGCCAUUGGAGUCCGGCUUGCUGCAAAAUGGGCUGGGAAUAGGCACUUGACAUGGAUGAUUGUUUGAUUUUCUUGUCUGAAUUUUGUGAAACAAAUAGAUUAACAAAACUACUAUUGUGUUGGUGUACUUUGAAGUUUGAAGAGAAUUUCUGUUUUAUACAAAAAAAAGGAAGGGUUGCU